AUGGAGCAAAUUGUAUCCGCCAAACGUGAGCAGCAGACCACGCAGAGCCCACCAAACGCGUCCGCAGGACGCAAGGUCAAUCGUUCCUGUCUCGAGUGCACGAGACGCAAGGUCAAAUGUGACGGGGCGGAGCCGUGCCGCAGCUGUGUCCGGUAUCGCUGCCAGGAUGCCUGUGUAUAUCGCCAGCGAUCAAAGCGUCACGCCGUGAGCAGAAGCACCUUUGACAAGGUAACGGAGCAGCUUCAGACACAGGCCCGUAUCCUCACCUUUCUCUUCCCUGGUCUGAGCCUAGACGAGGUUGCCGUCAAGAGCGAGGACGAACUACGGGCUCUGCUUGGCGUCGCUCCCGGCGGUGUCACGCCGUCAUCUCCCCGGCAGCGUGCUGGGCAGCACCAUCUACUCCCGCAGCAGCAACAGCAGCAUCCGCACCCGCACCCGCACCCGCACCCGCACCCGCACUUCCUCCGACCCCCCUCCGUCACCGACGUGGGCGAUUCGGCUGCCGUCUCGGAGAAUGGCGACGCACCUGCCGAUCGCCGAUGGGAGGAGCUGCCCGACCAGCCAGGGAACGUCGCCCACGACGAUGUCAACGCAAUGGGCCUCGUCACCGACGACCAGGUCCGCUCGUAUCUGGGCAUGACCUCGAUGAGCGCCGUCAUCCGGGCCAUCUUUCGUCUCUGGCCCGCUGCCAAGGAGCACACGGCCCAGUGCUCCAAGAUGUGGUCCACCAUACCGGGCCAGCCGCUGCCGGGCAUCCCCUUUCUCGAGAGAGACCCGGCUCUCAACCGUCUCAAGGAGCGAAGAUGCAUCGAUUUUUACUUUGACCACAUCCAUGCCAUCACGCCUUUUAUAGAUGAAGAAGAGUUCCGCCAGGAAUUUGCGAGGGGAACGCGGCAAGAUGCGUCUUGGCAAGGUCUCGUCAACAUGGUCUUUGUCCUGGGGUCCAUCGCCUCUGGCAGUGACAGUCUACACGAGGGCUACUACCGUCAAGCGAGGUCCUUCAUUGGCCUCGAGAGCCUCGGGGCAGGUAAUCUCGAGAGCCUGCAGGCGCUGUGCCUCCUGGGAGGGUACUAUUUGCAUUAUCGCAACUCCCCCAACAUGGCAUACAGCGUGCUCGGUGCGGCCCAUCGGGUGGCCAUUGCACUCGGUCUGCAUCGCGAGCCCAGGCGGCGUCCCAACUUUCAGAGCAUGGAGGAGGCAGCGUGGCACCAGCGCAAGGUCGAGACGAGGAGGCGGACGUGGUGGAGUCUCUUCUGCCUCGACACAUGGGGUGCCAUGACCCAGGGCCGGCCGACGUGCGGUCGAUGGGACAGCAGCACCAUGGACACGCUCUUCCCCACCGCGUCGUCCCCGGACGACUACAUGACCAUCUCCCUGCAGGUCAGCUCCGAGUUUUGCCUCAUUUGCGACCGCAUGCAGCAGCGGUUCGCGCGCUCCGGGCGGCUCUCGACGCAGGAGGUCAUGGACUUUGACACGGAGCUCGUCACCUGGUACCAGACGGUGCCGCCGACGCUGACGGACCCGACGCUCUCGCCGCCGCGGUUCCUCGCCGCGCGCGAGUUUAUGCGCACGCGCUACCUCAACGCGCGGAUGUUGCUGACGCGCUCGUCGUUCCUCUACAUUGCCAACGGCCACCGGCAGAACCUCAGCGAGCUGACGCCCGAGUCGCGGCACCUGCUCAACGAGUGCUGCAGCGUCGCGAGCCAGACCAUUGACGCCAUCGCCCUCUACUGGACGCCCAACCGCUUCCACGUGUGGAACGCCAACUGGUACCUCUUCCAAGCGUGCAUGGCGCCCCUGCUCGCGCUGGCCGUCGACAAGAACAUGCCCACCUCUGCCGUGGACAGCACCGCCGUCUGGCGCGCCAACCUGGGCAAGGCCCUCGAGACGUUUGCCGAGAUGCGGCCCUGGAUGAAGGCGACGGAUCACUCGCCCGACAUCAUCUCCGCGCUGUACGAGGCGAUGACGGCGGACUACGAGGGUGCCUUUUCGACGCCCUCGGGCACCGGCAGUCUUGAUUUGUUUGGCUGGUACGACGACCAGCUGGCCGAGCUGGACUGGAGCACGUUUCUGGGGGGCGAGAACAUAACGUUCCAGAGCAUCUUUCCCACGCCCUGA